AAAAUCGAGAAAAACCACGGUUCCAGCAAGCCACGAUCACUGCUGCUCCUCCAGAGCUGACCGGGACCCGAAGGAGGUGCGACCUGGAAUGACUGCUCGAUCUUCCUCCUCCUCUUCCUCCUCCUCCUCCUCCUCCGGCAGAUUUCAGAGCAUGAGCGAAUGAACGGAGACCUCCCGAGUGUGUCUCGGCUCGGCUCGGCUCGGCUCGGAUGGGAAAGCCCAUCAGGAAUAAAGUGAAGUCCUCCAGGAGGAGCGCCGCUGGAGCGACGCGUAAUCCGGACUGCGCCUCUUCCUUAUGUAACGCAGCUUUGUGGAAGCGGGACUGGCAGGAGGAACCGCUGCUGAGCCGUUUGAUCACUGCGAGGAGACGCAGGUGAAUCCAGAAGCUUUUUUUUCCCCUUCCUGCUCAGCAUGAUCAGAGAGGACGGUCUCCAGUGAUCAACAGUGAGAUGAACGAGAGCCACCGGCUGGGAGGAGGAGCCGUCACUGUGGAGGCUGACGCCAUCCUCCACGCCGGGAAACCGGAUCUCGUCACGCUCGCAGAUAAAAACAGGAAUAUAUGCCCGGGCUUCGUCCAGGGGUUCCUGCAGGAUGACCAAGACUUCAGCGCCCCCGCAGCGUUCCAGAAGGAGUACCUGCUAGAUGGGAGGCUGAUGGAGAACAACCACAUCGACCACGGUCAGCAGGGCAACAGCUCCUACAUCUCGGGAGAUGAUCGGUUCGGCCGAUCGAGCGGCAGCCCGGACGUCUCUCUGUCCAACCACAACAUGCAGCAAAACUGUGCGGGCGGUCGAAUGCACAACGGCGCCAAGGCCAAGGUGUCCUCCGGUGCGGAUUCCUCCACCUGCUUUCCAAGCCAGGCCAGAGAGGACAGCGACCGGUCCGUCAGCGGCGAGGAAGCCCAAAACACACAACCUCAGAAAGAGCCAGAUUUAGUCAUCGAAGUUGGCGGGCAGACCAUCAACGCUCACAAGUCCGUCCUGGCCGAGAAGAGCGACUACUUCAAGGCACGGCUGUCUCGCAGUAUCCUAAAAGUGAAAGGCAUGAGCUACAAGACUUUAUCCACGUUGAUAGACUACGUUUACACUUCCAAGAUGAAUGUCAGCAAGGACAAUGUCGUGGAUGUCAUCACGGGCGCCAAAAUCCUCCAGAUCCCGUGUGCCGUCCAGGCGGCCAUGGACUCCAUGUCCGCGCAAGUCACCGCCGAGAACUGCUACGAGAUUCUGACCAUUGCCAAGAAGCAGAGGUUGAGCGAACUCAAGGAGACGGCCUACGGCUUCAUGAGCGACAACUUCCUCCAGGUCCUCAAGGACCCGGCCGUGUACGGCCGUUUGACCGGCUCCGAGCGGGACCUGAUCCUGAAGAAGAGAAUGGAGGGGAGGAAGACGCUCAUGGUGGCGGAGAUCAACGACGUAUUCGAUCGGGUCGGGAGCCGUCCGCCGAGUCGCUGCGGCAGCCGGCCGCAGAGUCCGCUGUCAGUGGGGUCUUUAGAGGAGAACCAUAUGAUUUACUAUUUUAAUGAAGCGGCGAAUGACUGGCGGCCGUUGACUGCGAUGCCCGACGACAUAAACACGAAAGGCUGCGGCAUCUGCACCAUGUACAACUACCUGUUUGUGGCGGGGGGGAUAAAGGGCUACGGAGACAAAGGCAAAGUGUCAGAAAAGGUCUUCUACUACAACCCCGUCACCAACCGCUGGGCUGAAAUCCGGCCGCUGAACCAGGCCCGUGCCCAGCUGAAGCUCGUGUCUAUGGACGGCUUCCUGUACGCCAUCGGCGGCGAGUGUCUGUUCACGGUGGAGAAGUACGACCCCCGGAUGGACCGCUGGACGACGGUGGCCCCGUUACCCAAGGGGGCCUUCGCCGUGGCCCACGAGGCGACCACCUGCAGCGGCGAGCUGUACGUCUCCGGCGGCUCGCUCUUCUACCGCCUCCUCAAGUACGACCCCAAGCGGGACGAGUGGCAGGAGUGCCCCUACAACAACAGCCGGAAGAAGUCCAGCGACAUGGUGGCGCUCAAGAGCUUCAUCUACCGCUUCGACGUCAACCGCGAGCAGGGCAUCAACGUCUUCAAGUACAACACCAUCGUGAAGAUGUGGCACGACUGCGCGUCCCAGCGGCUCGGCAGCCACCUGCCCUUCAGGUGCGCCGUCAUCGGGAACUGCAUCUACUGCGUCAACAGGAGCCAGACUCUGCAGUUCGUAGUGGAGGAGGAGAACGCCUACUUCGUGGAGGAGCCGCUGAAGGCCCCCCUGGAGGCCAAAGGCGUCCUGUUUCCUUUCGUUCUCACCCUGCCCGAGAAGCCUGAUAAACUGACGUAGUGUGUGUGUGUGUGCGUGAGAGUGUGUGUGUAUGAGUGGGAGAGAAUCAGAGUAACACAAUAAACAUGACAUAGAAAAAAAAAACGAAACUGCCUGAGCAGAGGGACUUAUCCAGACUUUUCAGUGUCAGCUUUUUAUCUCAGUGUCUCUUUGCCUGCUUCCGAUGCAAUGUGUGUGUGUUUGCAUGGCGAGUUAACGCAUCUGCAAGGUUCAGCCUUAAGAGGAAAAACUUCUUUUGUAUCAGACUGUAGAUCAUGACACGAUGAAAGUGACUCUUUUUUUGCGUGUUCUGUGCUUUGUUUUGGUGCACUUUUAUAAGUGGGAUUGACAGUGUUUAGAUCAUAUAUUAACAAGCUGAUUGGUAACAGAAACGAGUGUUUUAUAGAAGAUUGUGUGGAAGCGGUCGGUGUGUGCUUUACGAGCGACGUGACGCAGGUUCUAUGCAUAUAGGUCAGAGUGUAUUCGCUGCGUCGAUGGGAAUCGGACAGGAAGGAGUCGAAUGUUUCCCAAACUGCUAUCAGCUCGCGACGCCAUCGUCAGUCAUAACAGGCUGCUGUGAACAGCUUCAGCUGACCCCGGAGCUGAGAGCUUGUCGUCUACUGGAUUGUUUCAGUCGAGCUAAAGCUUUACAGUAUAUACAUCACAAAUCAGACGAUUAAACAGCAUAUAUAAUAUGUAUAUUUUUAGAUUCAGAACUAUUUUCCUUAUACUCACAGGUUCUAACGGUGAUGAGAACAUUUGCCAAAGAUAACUUUAGUCAGGCUAAACUUAUCAGAAUGAAUAUGUCUUCGAGAAGAAAUGGCAUUUUUUUUUCCUGAAGCAAUCACUGUUUUUCUCUUAAGAGCAGUCAGAUGUUUGAAACUCAAGGGAUAGGUCAGAUCAGAAUUGUAAUGUUGCUUUCCAGUUGCCUCCGACCUUGAAAUUCUGAGUGUUGUGGAGCUUAAGUUAGAUAAAACAGCAGCCUUUAGUCCGGUUUUCUGAAGUUCCGCCUUUUAUGAAUGAAAUGACAGUUUUAGUGGAAGCGUCUAUUCUGCUGUGUUUUAAGUUUGGAAUUCCGAGUCAAGAUGCAACUGUAAAGUAAGAUAAACACACACACACACAAACACUCCAGGUUAUUUCACUACAUAGGUAUUUCAGGUCAGAGAUGCUCCUUCGCCCUCACAAGUUCAGUCUUGCUCCAGUAACUCUCAAUAAGCCACGUUCUUAACUUUAAAUUUCCUUCUUCAGUGGUUCCACCUGCUGCAGAGACACAGAGUUUUCUACGGAUGCUUUGAUAAUGUUUGUAAGAAGCGUGUAUGUGUGUGUGUGUGUGUGUGUGUGUGCGUGUGUGUGUGGGCAGUGGACGUGACGCAGACAGCUGGGAUGUGGUAUCUUUGUGUGGCUUGUUCGGUGGUUGGGGAUCUGCUGUUGUGGUGGACGGUGACAGUAAAUGCAGCGCGAGGCGGUCGUUGGCUUCCUGUCCGUGGCGUUCGGAGUGGACUAACUAAUAAUGUACAUCAGACAAAACUAAGUGCUUGAAAUAAAAUCAUUUGUGUCU